AUGGACUCGCGAGGAGAGUUGGUUUGGGUGGAGGACAAGUAUGGACAAGCGAUGGAUUUUAAAGUCCAACAGUAUCGUGGACAAAACUACUUGACAUUCUGGACAGGGUCGGACACAGGGACUUUCGGAACAGGCUCUUACUUGAUGCUGGACUCGUCGUAUCAAGUAUAUAAGAGGGUGAAACCGACCAUCGGCCUGGGUGGAGACUUGCAUGAGUUCAAAAUUACGCGCAAUGGCACAGCAUUGAUGACGGUUUAUGAGCCGACCUCUGCCAAUCUUUCAGCGUUUGGCAUUGCUGGGCAGGGCUGGAUCUACGACAGCAUUUUCCAGGAGAUAGACAUUGGGACAGGUGAGGUGGUUUUCGAGUGGCGGGCUUCACAGCACUAUGACAUCGAAGACACAUUUCACACCAUCGAGGCCGAAGCACGGCGUCCAGACUCCUCGGGCCACAAAAUCGCGCAUAUCGGUGAAAGCCCUCAUACGGCGUGGGACUUCUUCCACAUCAACAGUGUCGACAAGGAUGAGGAGUCGGGGAAUUACUAUGUCUCCUCACGCUACAUGCACACUGUUACAUGCAUCAACCCCCAUGGUGACAUACUCUGGAUCUUGGGCGGGAAGAAGAACCAAUUUACAGACCUUUCCAUGGGAAGGGCGACCAACUUUUCGUUCCAGCACCAUGCGAGGAUGCAUGAGAACAACAUCCUUACACUCUUCGAUAAUGGAAAAUAUGACAGUCGGUCUAAGAAUGCGGAGUAUAGUCGGGGAUUGGUGAUCUCGUUGGACGUCGAGAAGAUGACAGCCAGCCUUGUGCGAGAAUACGUGCAUCCCGACCACCGGCUCGUGGGGAGCCAGGGGUCGGUCCAACUCCUUCCUGGCUCGGACCAUGCUCUUGUUGGCUGGGGUUAUGUGCCCGCCUUUACGGAAUUUGACGCGCAGGGCCAAGUCUUGUGCGAUGUCCACAUUGCGCCGUCAAUUUUCUGGGGGUUUGGAUGGGUGAAGUCGUACCGCGCCUUUCGAAGUUCGUCUUGGGUUGGGAUGCCCUCAACACCGCCGAGUGUGUACCUCAGACCGCGAGACAAGAGAGUAUAUGUGAGUUGGAACGGUGCGACAGAGGUGGAUAUCUGGGUUCUCCAGGGCCGUGCUGAGGUCGAGACAGAGAUACAAUUGGGUGUGAACGCGACCGAGGACGACACGUUCCAGGACUUGACAUAUAUCAGGAAGGAGAGAUUUGAGACGUCGUUUUCCAUCAAGGCCGAUAUGCCACGGUAUCUCCGCGUCGCGGCAGUGGAUCGACAAGGCCACAUCUUGGGCUACACUGAGGUGGUAGACCGAAGGGUCGGAAAUGCACCCUCGGACGUUGCUUAUCACUUUGUCAUCUCGACUUGUGCCAUUGUUGUCACAUCGUGUCUAGGCUGGUAUUUAUGGAGGCGGUGGCAUAACUCGAGGCGUGGCGGACAGAAAAGGCAGUGGAAUCCACUUGGACGAUUCUGGCACAGGAAAUCCAGCCUCAUCACAAGCGUCGAUCCUGAAAAGGAGGCGGCGCCCUUGCGGACGGGCUGGGAUGAGAAUGAGAAUGUGGACAUGGACGAACCCCAGCAAGGCGACGACAUUGAACACGGCGCAGGGGGGUUAGUAUGA